UGCAACGGGAACGGCAGACAAUAUUUUGAAUGUAUUGUAGCAUAUAAUACAGUAUUGGUAGCAUUUUUAGGAACAGACAUUUACGAUGAGUAACAUUUAUAUCCAAGAACCUCCAACCAGUGGGAAGGUUUUAUUGAAAACUUCCGUCGGAGAUAUUGACAUCGAACUGUGGUCAAAGGAAGCGCCCAAGGCUUGUCGCAACUUUAUCCAGCUUUGCUUAGAGGGCUACUACGAUGGCACUAUUUUUCACCGUGUGGUCAAAGGUUUCAUCGUUCAAGGGGGAGAUCCCACGGGCAGUGGAACUGGGGGCGAAUCCAUCUAUGGAGAACCUUUUAAGGAUGAGAUCCAUUCUCGGCUGCGGUUCAACAGACGAGGUCUGGUCGCCAUGGCAAACGCUGGGAAGGAUGAUAACGGUUCGCAAUUCUUCUUUACCCUGGCGCCAACUCCAGACUUGCAGAACAAACACACCAUUUUUGCCAAGGUUACAGGAGAAACUGUAUACAACAUGAUUAAACUGGAAGACACAAUGGUGGAUCAGGAUGACAGACCGUUGUAUCCGCCAAAAAUUAAUGGAACUGAAGUUUUAAAUAAUCCUUUCCCUGACAUUGUUCCAAGAGUAACCAAAAAGAAGGAAAAGGAUGAAAAACAGGAUAAGAAAACCAAAGUAUCUGGAGUUAAAAACUUUAAACUACUCUCGUUCGGAGAAGAGGCCGAAGAAGAUGAAGAGGAGACGGUUGAGGUUGCAAAGAAGUUUGCAGGCAAGAGCAAAUCCACGCACGACCUCUUGUCAGACCCUACACUGAUCUCUACUCCAGCUGUGUUACAAGGAGAUAUUGACCCUGACAGAGAAUCAAGUUCUGACCAAGACUCUGAUGAUGCAAAGGAAAGAAUUGACAGAAUAAAGAAUAAACUGUUAAAACAGAAAACCAAAGAAACGACAAAAGUGCAAAAUGAUCCAGACGAUAAUGAAGUCGAAGAAGAGUAUGAAUUUGGAAAGGAGAGAAAAGAAGAACUUAAAAAGAAAUCGGAGGAGCUGAAACGAGAAUACGACAUGUUGAAAAAAGGUCUUCUAUCAAAAAGAAAAGAAACUGUGAAAGAGAAAGAGAGAGAGAAAUCUCCCCCCAAAACUGACAACAAAGACAGUUUGAAAGUUGAAUUAGACAAAGAAAUGCAGGAAUUCAGAGAGAAACAAUCACAACUACCCAAAAAAGGAGCUUCUAGGGAGGCAAUGACUCUAGCUUUGCUAGAGAAGUUCAAAAAUAAGCUGUCAUCAGCAAAGGAAAAAGCUAGUGAGGUAAAAAAGGAGAGCAAAGAAGAAGUUGAUGAUGAUAUUGAUGAAACUUGGUUGGCUCACGAACUUCAUUUUGAGGACAAAAAUCCGGUCCUGGCCAAAGAUGCAAGUACAAAAGAUGAUGAUUGGUUUGAAAUAUCUGAUCCUCGCAAUGCCAUUACCAAACGAAGAAGGGAAGCUAGUAAAGAACAAACGGGCAUGAAGUCAAAGAAGAUAGAUAUUCUGGAUAAACCGCACAAGUGAAUGGAUUAUCGGUUGGGUUGUUUUGUCUUCAUGUUUUUGUAUGAUAAGAUAAACCGUGUACAGUAUACUAUAGUUAGGCUUGAUAUAACUACACCUUGGUACUUCAUCAAAAGAAAUAUCCUGAGCAUUAAUUGCCAUUGCCGUAAAACCAAGGAAUAGUUUGCAUACACAAGUGUAAAUUUUGUAUAUAAAAGAUUCUGUGAAUAUUGCUACUUCCAAAAUAAAUUUAAAGUUUUAGUUUUAAGGUAGAUUUGAUAUGUUUGAAUACCUUUUUUAAUUUUAAAGGACACUUUUUUUAAUUGUUCCUUUUGAUGUCUCAUUGUGUAAAACAUAUUUUAUGCAUACUUUAACACGUUUUUUGCAUUAAUAAAAUAUUUGUCUUGUACCUGUGUAAAAUUUCAUUCACGUCU